AUGAGGAUAGCCAGUUGGAACUGUCAGGGAAUGGGGAAGUUCCCUACGGUUCUACGCCUUAAGGAGAUAUGUCGUCAAUAUCUUUUGGACGCAAUCUUCCUCAUUAAGACGAAGCAAUCAAAGGAUCAUAUUACUGCAGUUGCUGUUUCUCUAGGUUUUACUAAUUUCUAUAUUGUACCGCCUCAAGGCCUCAGUGGUGGCUUGGCUUUGCUUUGGAAACCUUCUAUCGAUAUCACUAUUUUGUACCAAGAUGCAAGACUUGUAGAUUGUUCUAUUAAUGACAAAAUCUCUACUUUCUACUUGUCUUGUGUUUAUGGACAUCCUGAUCCACAAUAUCGAUAUGAACUUUGGGAACGUCUACAACGGCUAGCUGUCAACCGUAAUGAAGCCUGGAUUAUGAUUGGCGAUUUCAAUCAAAUUCGGAAUAAUAGUGAAAAGAUUGGAGGCCACAAUCGAGAUGCAAGUACAUUCCAUGACUUCAACAAUAUGAUGUCUACUUGUGACAUGCUUGACUUGAAGCAUAUUGGCAACAAAUUCAGUUGGAGUGGACAGCGAAGCAUUAUGAAGAAUGGUAUCCGAACUAAAGAGCUUAUACAAUGUUGUCUGGACAGAGUUGUUCUGAAUACAGAAUGGUUCUCCUACUUUCCGGCAUCAACUGCUGAAUUCUUAGAACCAAUAGAGUCAGACCAUCGGCCUAUUGUCGUGGAUAUUUUGACAGAAACAAGGGUGAAGAGAGGUAUGUUCCGUUAUGAUCGUCGCUUAGCAGACAGAGAGGGUUUUAUGGUUCGAUCAGUCUCCUACUCAGUGUUAGUUAAUGGUAGUCCUACUGGCACUAUCACCCCAAAGAGAGGCAUCCGCCAAGGUGACCCUAUUUCUCCCUAUCUGUUUCUCUUUGUUGCGGAAAUGUUGACACAGAAAAUGCGGCAAGAAGAAGCAAAAGGAAAUAUCACAAGCUUAUCAAUAAGCAAUAACGGUCCUAGAGUCACUCAUCUUCUGUUUGCGGAUGAUUCACUAUUUUUCUGUAAAGCCAAUCAGUAG